UUCCUUCCACCCCCCUCUCUCUCUCUCUCUCUCUCACUCCCUCCCUCCCUCCCUCCCUUCCUCGCUUCGCCUCUGUGUCUCUCUCUUUCACACACUAAGAGCAAUGGGUUCACCGCCUUACAGCAUUCUUAAAACACUGAACGACGUUAUCGUGGUUUUGCUCCUGAGUUGUUUCUAUUACAGACUUACUCUCUGUUCUGAACGUCGACUUGAGUACGUAAUCGACACCAACAUGAAAGAUCUGCAGGAGGCAGCCAGCGACUACGGCAACCUAACCCAUAACCUUCCGUCGGAACUUCUGCGUCAAGCGUCUGUCAAGGAGAUUUCCGACCAGUUAAUGUCUAUUUUCCGGCAGGGUUCGCAGUCGCAGACGACGGUCGCCGCCAGAGGCAACGGCCACAGCACCCACGGGCAGGCGCAAGCUCUCAACGGCGUAGUUAUUGAAAUGCAAUCGCUGCAGACGCCAAAAAUGCAGGUUAACACCGGGGCUCAGCCGUCGGUGGACGUCUCCGGCGGCGAACUAUGGAUAAAUGUUCUGAGUGAGACUCUUAAAUAUGGGUUGUCGCCCAGAUCUUGGACGGAUUAUCUUUAUCUCACCGUUGGUGGCACUUUGUCGAAUGCCGGAAUUAGUGGGCAGGCUUUUAGGUUUGGGCCCCAAAUCGACAACGUCUACCAGCUGGAAGUUGUUACAGGAAAAGGAGAUAUAGUCACUUGUUCAAAGAAAUUGAAUUCUGACCUUUUUUAUGCUGUUCUUGGAGGGUUGGGACAAUUUGGCAUUAUCACUCGAGCAAAAAUUGCUAUUCAAACAGCACCACAAAUGGUGAAAGUGAUUAGAGCAGACUACUCAAACUUUUCCAUGUUUUCCAAAGACCAAGAAGAUUUGAUAUCACGUGAGGAUACAUUUGACUAUAUUGAAGGGCUUGCCUUGGUGAACGCUACUACUAGAACAACUCUUUAUCGCAUAGAACUGGCCAAGUAUUUUAAUACAGAUGAGAGAGUUGCUACAGAACAGGAAAUUGACGGAUUGUUAUCUGGAUUGAGUUAUAUUCCAUCAACGCUUAAUAAAUCAGAAGCCUCAUAUAUGGAGUUCCUCGACAGAGUGCAUACUACUGAGUUACAACUCCAAAAACAAGGUUUAUGGGAAGUCCCUCACCCAUGGCUAGUCCUUAUGGUUCCCAAAAGCAAAAUUCAAGUAUUUGCAGAUGAAGUCUUCAACAAAAUUAUCGAUACCGAAAUCAAUGGUCCCCUCAUAAUCUACCCAGUUAACACAUCUAAGUGGAAGAAGAACACUUCUUUGGUGACCCCAGAUGAAAGUGUCAUAUACCUUGUGUCCAUCCUCUCUACUGUAUUUCCAUCGUCUACAACAGCAGAUAGCUUGCAGCGCAUUUUAGCUCAAAACCAAAAUAUUCUAGACUUUUGUGAGACAGCCCAACUUGGUACAAAACAGUAUCUAGGGUUUGAGAAAAACCAAUCACAAUGGCAAGCCCACUUUGGGCCAGCUCGUUGGGAAGCUUUCAAGAGGAGGAAGUCAGUCUACGAUCCUUUGGCAAUCCUUGCCCCUGGUCAAGGAAUCUUCAAAAAGGGAGAACCCAUCACCUAAAACUAAUUUGAUGUACUUGGAAUGUUGAAGUUUGGGUGACCUUGGAUUUCGAUUUGUGAUAUUUAAAUAAAAGGUAGAAUAAAAUUGUAUUAAAUUUAAACAUGAAAUUCAUCAUUUUAAACAGAACCUUAAGAUAAAUAAAUAAUACAAAGAUCAAUCGAGAUGUAUGCAAUAUUUUGCAAAGUCAAUCUCCCUUGUUUAAUUCAA